UGGCCACCGAGUUAGAAGUGGGAAGACUGGGAUCGAAAUAGAAAAUUGUCCUUUUCAUUUUCAAGAUGUCGAAGAGAGGUUUGUGGUAGACUGUGUUUCAAUCCUUCUCCAUCUGAAGCUUUCUCCCGUUUCCCGAAUAAAGCUUGCGACUGGAAAAUAGUCUCCGAAUACCGAUUGGUUGUAUUCCAAAUUAUUGAAAAUAAUUCCGAGAGUGAAUAUAAUUUGUUUUACUCGUUGUUUUCGAUCGAUUAUUGAGAUCUAUACGUUGAUAAAUACAAAGUCGCAUUCGAAUAAGUAUUAAAUACAUGAUAAAUAACUGUGUUCUUUACAGUGGGGAUUUUAGUAUGAAUGUUCUUUAAAUUAGAACACGGGUACCUCACAAGUCAAAAUUGUAUCAUGAAUGUUGAACGAGAACUAGAUCCAUAUAUAUGAUCUAUCUCAAUAGAACUGAUUCUCACAUGGCCAUAACAGAAAACUUUUAGACCUGAUAGAGCUGUCCAGCAUCAAUGAACUUAGUUUAUAUUUUUAAAUUGUAAAUUGCUGAUAAAGUGCUAUUUUGAAAUCUGAUAUUUUUGCUUGGUUUAUGUAAAUUUUUAAACCUUACACCGAGCUGUAUUUUGGUAAUCGAACUACGAAUCGAAUUCUAUAGUCGCUCACUUUUUAACAGCUAUCAGCACCAAAAAAAUUCUUACUUUGGCUGAAUUAUGGUUGGCAAAAAUUUGCCGACCUGGGAGGUUGAUAGGUCAGCAUUCAGGUCGGCAUUGCCGAAUGCUGACCUCGUUUUCAAGGGUUGCCAAUGCAGGUUUGAACUGCAAACUAUAACACAGCAGCCAUUUGCCUAACACAGCAGCCAUUUGCCUAACCGAGCUGUUUUUGAGCUCGCUAAAAUCCUUCGUAAACAACACAUUUCAUAGUGUGCUGGUCAUGUAGUUCAUUAAUUAAAAAGGCCUGCCGGUCAUUUAGUACAUUUUAAAUUAUGACCAGCUGCCGGUCAAAUAGUCACAGGGUAAUAAAUACCUUCAGCAGUGCACAGCUUUUCCAAUCCUUUGAUUUAUAGUUGUCUCUUCCCCACUCCCCAGAGAUACCUUUGAGUCAAAUUAUCCUGGGGGACGCCCGGGAGGGUAUGAAUGUUUUCAAUGCAUAUAUAUAAUGCAUACUUGGCCUGGCAGUAUGCUAAACCAACUGAAAUUUUUGUCAGACAUGAUUGGCAGGGUUGUUCAUAUUUGUUCCCCUGAAAAAAGAAAUGUACUUACUGUCCAUUGAUGAAUAGCUUAGAAUAUAAUCUAAAUUAUUUUUUGCAUUAUUCCAGGACGUGGAGGGGCUGCAGGAGGGAAAUUCAGACUUUCACUAGGUCUACCUGUGGGAGCUGUUGUAAACUGUGCCGAUAACACUGGAGCCAAGAAUCUUUACAUCAUUGCUGUAAAGGGCAUUAAAGGACGCCUAAACAGAUUACCUGCUGCAGGUGCAGGAGACUUGGUGUUGGCAACCGUCAAGAAGGGGAAGCCUGAACUGAGAAAAAAAGGUAUAUGCCAAGUUUGCUUAAUAGCUGUGAAAUCCAUCACUUAUUUUAGAUAGGAGGUAUUCAGGUUGUAAGCAAGACGACAAAGAGGGGAUGUUAUGGAACACUACACAUAGAUGGAUUUUUGCUUCAGAUUUUGCUCUGGAGAGGUGCUGAAAAUUUAGGAGGGGUUGAGUGACAGGGCGCCAAACAAACUGCAACAAUGAUAUGGGGCUCUCUCUACGCUUGUGUUCCAAGAUAUGCCAUGUAAAGUGCAGUGAAAUGUAUCUCAUCGUAAUAUUAAAUCCCAAGAAAACUAAAGCAGGGUUCGAAUUAAUUCUGAAAAAAUGGUUCGUGAAUUAAUUUUUUUUUAUUUUAAGGAAAUUUUAAGGAAUUUUCUGUAAAUGGAAGUUAAAAUGUGGAAGCACUGCAAUUUUCAAAUAUGUAAUAUACAUCACAAACUCGCAAAGAAAUAGAAUUUUGGGUGGAAUUAUAAUCGUUUUUAAGUACAAUCUAACAAGAAUAUCUUCAGAAUGUAUGAUCCUUCAUCACAUUUACAAAGAACUGAAUUUAUUUUUGUAUAUUUUUAUCAAUUUGAGAGACUUUUGAUUCGUGAUUUUGAUCAAUUUCUAUGAAAUUGGGUUCGUGAAAAAUGAAAAUUGAUUCGUGAUUCACGAAUCACGAACCGUUAUUUCGAACCCUGUAAAGCCUCUGCGGAGGAGAGAGGAUAUGGGGGCACAGUUGUUAAUGGGAGUAAGGGGAUGAAGCCACCAGGAAAUGUUGAGUUUCUUGGUCUUAUUUAGUUCAAAAUCCUUGUUUUUAGUCUUACUCAGUUCAAACUCUUUUAUAUUUCAAUCACACUACUACAGUCAUUUAUCCCAGUGAGCAUUUAAUUAUUUUUUUGGGGGGUGGGGUGGGGUGCAAACUUCUCUUGGUGAAGUGGGAAAACAAUUUUUUUGGGGGGGGGCUGCAAAAUAUUUUUGUUGGUGUGCAUUCCCCCUUCAAACCCCCUAAAAAUCGAUCCAUGACACCACAGCAACACGUCUAAUUGAGAGUGUACCACUCAAUGGGAGAGCGCGCCAUUCAGUGGGUUAAUCAGAUCUGUCCUUGUGUCUAGUUAAAUUAAGUUGUAUAUUUGUGCUUUAAUGCACCCUAUAAUAAGUUGUAUAUUUGUGCUUUAAUGCACCCUUGCUGGUAAAUAAUGAGACCAGGACUCGUGGCAGUCAUAGCUAUAAAUAUAGAGUCCCAAAAACUACCAAAGAUGUUUUUAAAUUUUCCUUUUUUCCUCGCACGAUUAGGGAAUGGAAUUUACUUCCCGAAGAAAUUGUGAGCUCAGAGAACCUCCUCCAGUUUAGAAACAAUUUAAGCAAUUCUUUUUAAUAACUGUAAAUAUUGUUGUAAAUAUAGAUUUUUAGAAUAGGUAUAGUUAUAAAUAGUUGGUGUGAUAUUCGAAAGGAUUUUACCGACUUAACAAAUAUAGAUGUAGAUAGAUUUUAUUAUUGUACUCUUUCUAAUGCCAGAUAAUUUUACUCGUCAAGGGGAGAGCACUGGUACUCAACGGGUUAAAGUUCCAUUAGGCUAGAAGUUGUAAACUACUGAUUUUAUACUGCACAGCAUGCUAUAAUGAAUCAAGAGCUUAGUGUCUUUUAAAUGUAAUAUUGGGUAUGCAGCUAUUUAGUUUUUUUCUUUAUUUUUAGUUAUGCCUGCAGUAAUUAUUCGGCAACGGAAAGCCAUCAGAAGAAAAAAUGGUGUCUUUAUAUACUUUGAAGGUAUUGUAUGCUCCUUUAUGGCAUUCAACUGGCCUAGAUAAUCCAGUAUAAACUUAUAUUAACCCAUUAAGCUGCGAUGUGCCCAAAUACACCCGACUUAUUGUUUUACUCAAGGGGAAUUUAUGCAUUAAUGGAUUAAUAUUUAUGAAAAACCCUGUUUGCAAUCUCCCAAUGAUUUUAUACUUAUUAUCCUCCCUAGAUAAUGCAGGUGUAAUUGUGAAUGUAAAAGGUGAAAUGAAAGGUUAGUAUGUUGUUUGAGAAACAAUAAGAAUUGACUGACCUGAUACUACUUUAUAUCAUAAGCAAAACUUGUAUUCGAAAAAAUAAUUGGCCAAAGUACAAUAAUGUACAUAAUAAGGUUUUUGAACAUGGAUGUAAAAAAUAUCGUUUCCUCUUGUAGGUUCUGCAAUAACUGGUCCUGUAGCCAAGGAAUGUGCAGAUUUAUGGCCCAGAAUAGCAUCAAAUGCCGGUAGCAUUCACUGAAUUGUGUUUAGGUUGCUAUCUUCAAAUAAAGUGAUUGUAUAAAGCUGGACAGUGUCUAAUCUUUUAGUUGUGUAAACAAACCUUGUCACAAUCUCGUGAUUAUACGAGGUUGGGGCUUUCGGGUAAAUACCAACCUAAAAUGAACAUGCUUUGUGAUUGACAUGAUCAGUGUUUGUGACUCAUUCUCAUAGAUAUCUUAUAUACACUAGAUAGCGCAUCUCUUUUAGUAAAAUUGUAGCCAAGAAUAUUCCAGCGGUUACCCCCAUUUGAAUAGAUCGCGGCCAUGUUGAAGUUUCCCACUCGCUAAUAAACGCUUGAAAAACAACAACAACUUUCAUCAUUUGAAUAGUUUGAAAAUGUAUUUGGAAUAAGUUUAACUUAAUGUUUAAGUUCCCUGUUUAAGAAAUAGAAAACAUACGAGUCUUCUCAUUUCAUGGGAAUAUCCUGAGUCUACAAACACGGCUUCAAUUUUUGAAUUGCAGAAUAAUUAGAUGCACUAUCUAGUGUAUAUAAGAUAUCUAUGCUCAUUCUUUAGAAAAUUUAUUCUUUUCAUUGGUAUAAUCAACCAAGCACAAAACCUGUUUGUGGCGACCUGCAUUAACCC